GUUCGGGGCAGAGCGUACAGCAAACCAAGAACAAUGCUCAUUCCUCGUUGUCGUUCAAUUGAGUUACGUGCGCAAGCAGGCUAAUUAAGAACCCAGAAAAGCAGAAAAUUAGCUAUGCAGCAGCAGAAAGGAGAAAAGAGAAAAAAUCCGAGGCAUCGGAAUCGUUCGAGGAACAAGUGCAAUCAGGUCAGCAAACAAAAGGACAUAACAGAGGAAGUACCUCCUUCAGUGGUCACAACACAGGAGGCGGAGACUGUGAGCGAUCCAAUCAGGUUGAUACAGGAGCUGUUGCGAAGGAAACUACUUGCCAAGAGGGCAGUUCCAGGCGCAGUUCCUAUUUCCAGGGAACACGAGCCGGCUGGAUCCCACCAAGCGACAGCGAUGCCAUCAAAGCAAGCCAAAGAGUAUGAAAGGAAGCCGAAGACUCCAGCAGCUGCCUCUUCAAGUGCCAAGCAAUCAAAGGAUUUCAGAGGCUAUGAAGUGAACGACAUGCUGAAGAGCUUUGGCAGCAGAUUGCAGAAGGGAGACGGGGAAUCGCCCACGGACGCGAUGUUAAGCAACCUGGGCAAGCUCUUCAGCCAGGCUCCUCUCAGCGAUGUGGAUUCCUCCGACGAUGAGGCCGAGUACAUUGAAUACAUAUACAAGCCGCGGAAAUAUUUCAUGGCCUCACUAUGCAAUCUAUGUGCAGCUGAUCUCUGCGGACUGAGUUCCCUACCUUGUACCCGCUGCGGAUUGAGCUACUACUGCAGUAACAGCCAUAUGAGGGAGGAUCAAGAGCACCGCCAGCUGUGCUAUUCCCUGCGCCAGGCCAUGGACCACAACGGUCACGAGAUGUUCUACAAGUGCGGUGCAUUCAGUGCCGAGCAAUUUCGUUCGUAUCGGAUUGUGUGCAUACGGCAGGUGGAGAAGGAAAUUAAUCGAGCGCUCUCGCCCACGGAACAAGAGGUGUUACUCUUUCCCCUCAUUUGCGGGGACCAGAAGUGCCGGGAGUAUCGCUUUAGGCGUCUUCAACUCUGUGGCGGCUGUGGGGAAUUUGCUUCCUGCAGAGACAAGCCAGACCAUCGGAGUCCGGAGCAUGCCAAGUGGUGCGGGUCCUACAGACUGUUCAAGGCCUUUGUCAUGUUCCAGGCCAAUUUCGGAAGGCUGGAGCCGUCGCUGCCCAACAAGGUCCUCCAGGAGCUGCCCAUGGCCUGCUGCAAUUCUAGAAAAAUUAUGAACAAACUUAGUUUAAAUGUCGUUGAUGAGUGUGAGUAUGCUGCCCUUACGCAGGUCUCCACCGGCCCCCUGACGGCCUGGUUUGCUCUGAAGCUCUGCGAACGCUUGAGAAGCUGUGAGCUGACUCUUCAUCUAAUAGGAGCUGAGAUCGAGUUUGAGGUGGACAUGCUGCAGAAAUGGGAGCUCUUUUUUCUGCACAUAAUGCCAGCUCUGAAAUGCCUAAAUGUGGUAUUCGUGGGACCAGAACUGAACCCCAAUAACAUCUCUUUUGAGCAACUGAAGAAGAUCAAAUGCUGUCGCUUGUGCCGCAAGGCUCAGAGAAAAGUGAACUAUUACUUUGAGAAUAGCCUCUAUCACGACUACUGCCGCGAGCCGCAGUUUCUCCAACCAGAUUUGGUUUGUUUUUACAAUGCGGGUUUGUAUCGGUCGACGGGAUAUGCUUUGGAGGACACCUGGCCUGACACCAUAAAGUCCUCUCUCAAUCUUAAAUGCCCCAUUGUGGUCACCUCCUAUACCAAAUACGAAGCUCCUUUGGACAUGGCAAAGUUCGUCGGUCAAUCGAAUCGUCAUUUGAAUGUUGUGUUGCCUCCUACUACAAAUCCAUUCUCAUCUGAGAAGCCAGAGCGUAAUUUCAUAUCGGACAACGAAGCUCCUUUCAUAUUUAAGAACUUUUACUGUUUUGUUGUCGAGUGAGAUUUACUUCAAUUCGAAAUUAAAUGUAAUUUCCGUUUGAGCCAGUGGGAAUUCAUAUUCACUAUAACCCGUUUGCCCACUCUUUCUUU